CUUUGGUGUGUGUGACCUUAUUUGAUUAUGGAUUUCCCCUUGGGCUACAGGUUCGGGGCACCAGGACCACCAACUGAGAGAGAAAGACAUUUGUGCGAUCAACAUGAGUUCGCGAAUGUUGAAAGCGAUUCGAAGCCGAUUGCGGAAUCCUUUCCGCAAUUGCAAAUUGUUUUCUUGCUUUCGCAAGAAAAGAACAGAUCAUUCCAUCCAAUCUGUUGUGGAGGAGCCCACUAUAGAGCCCAAUAACAUCAUCUGCCUGGAGGAGAGACCAGAGCAGAAUUUGGAGUCAGGCACGGACAUCUGCCAGGAGACUCCACUAACCCCUGAUACAGAGAUCUGUCAGGAGGAAGAACAGCCAGUACAGCAGGAGAGCAAUAACAUCAGCCCCUGCCACUUCCAGAACACCAUGGAAGAAUGUACUGGCCCUCACACCGAGAGCUGUGAGGAAUUUCAAAUGGAAGCUGAGGAGAGCAGCUCCAAGGAAACCUUGGAGAUCUGUGAUGACCCUCAGCAGGAGACUUGCCAGGAGAGACCUCAGGAAUGCGGCAAUAAUACCUGCCUGCCUGAGCUCUCUGAGCAAGAGGAUCCUCACACCAUCGAGGAGGAUCCAACAGCCUAUAAUGAGGCUGAACAACCACCAAUGAGGCAGGAGAGCUCUAACCCCAGCCCCUGCCACUUCCAGAACAUGAUGGAAGAAACAGACCCUCACCCCGACACCUGUGAGGAACCUCCAGAAGACCCUGGCUAUAACACCUGCCAGGAGGAGACACCAGGGCAGGACUUGGAGUCGGGCACGGACAUCUGCCAGGAGACUCCAGAGGUCCCUGCACCCGAUCUCUGCCAGGAAUUGGACUGGGAAUACAAUUCCUGGUACGAGCGUUGCAUCAGGGAGGAGGCCCUGAUGCAAAUGAGUGAAGAAGGCCUUCAGGAGGAAACACGAGAGAAGGCCAUGGAGUCAGGCCCGGACAUCUGCCAGGAGACUCCAGAGGUCCCCGAUCCUAAGACCUGCCAGGAAUUGGACUGGGAAUACAAUUCCUGGUACGAGAGAUGCAUCAGAGAAGAAGCUCUGAUGCAAAUGAGUGUAGAAGGCCAUCAGGAGGAAACACCAGAGGAGACUAUGGAGUCAGGCACAAACAUCUGCCAGGAGACUCCAGAGGUCCCCACUCCUGAAACCUGCCAGGAGACACCACAGGAAUCUGGCUCUAACAUUUGCCAGCCUGAAGUCCCUGAGGCAGAGCAAGUGGGUGCUCAAAACACCAAGGAGCAUGAAACACCCUCACUUGCGGAGAAAUUUCCAGAACCCGGAAGAUUCCUAAAAUUAGGGGAGCCCAUUGGAGAGGACCCCAAUGGAGUCAUUUAUGUUGCAUGGCUCCGCAGCCAAAAGAAGGAGGUGGCCAUUACUAUCAUCCAGGACGUGGAGAAGCAGAAUAAAAUCCUCAAUGAAAUUGAGGUACUUGAGAAGAUCACCGGCCACAGGAAUAUCUCGGACUUUUAUGGGGCGUUUUAUUUCACCGCCUCUGUUAGAGCUUCUCCAUACGAAGGACUAUGGAUUUCUACUGAGAUUUGUACUGGUGAAACAGUGCAGUCUCUAAUCAACACCAAGAAAUCCUUUGGUCAGGGCUGGAUCUCCUACAUUUGUAAGGAGAUAUUGAAGGGCCUGUACCAUCUUGAAAGGCAAGAGGUAAUGCUUCAUGACCUGAGCUUGAAAAAUAUGGUCAUCACCUCAAGCGCAGAUGUGAAAAUCUGUGAGUUUACCAUUGCCACGCUGGGAGCAAGAAGCAGUAGCACAUCUGGCCCUUUGCCAUACAUGGCGCCAGAAGUGCUCGCUAAUUUUGAAAAACCCAGCACUGAAUAUGAUUUUAAGGCCGACAUCUGGUCCUUGGGGAUUGCGGCCAUCUAUAUGGCUGAAGGACAUCUCCCAUUCAGCAAACUUCCCAGAACAAAACUCAUCAGGCGUGUCAUUCACGGUCCCGCUCCAACAUUAGCACAGGAAAAAUGGAGUAAGAACUUCCAUGGUUUUGUGAGCGAGUGCCUGCAGAAGAGUGCAGAGAGACGGCCAAGUGCGAGGCAGCUUCUUGCGCACCCCUUUAUCUCAGAGCUCUGGGAUGAAAGGGGUGUAAAAAGGAGCCUCAUGAGACAUGUGCAGUGAGGCCUGAAUCCCCGAAGCCAUAAAGCAACUUGGCUGCCAACGGGGGAGGGACUGGGGCACAACAGGGGUCCUAAAUACCGUCUUUGGACCCCUGCAUAACAUCUUGGUCCCGUUGGCAGCCCUUCGUGUCGGCUUCUUGAUGAACAACAGCAUCUUCUAACAAAUGCAUCUAAAAAGAUUGUCAUAAGUAUGGCAUUUAUUGUCAUGUUUUAUUCUUUGUUUACAUUUUCAAAGAAUGUAUUUAUGACAUAAAUGCUUUGCUUAUUGUAUAUUAAUAAAUGUAUACAAUAAACAUUCCAUCUUUAAAUGAUA